AUGGAUGGAGAAUGCCGCAAUCGCUUUUCCUCCAGUGAAUCAAUCUUUGUUUCCUUAAAAUUCUCGAACCCUACCGAGAAUGACAUUUACGUAAAGCUUGCCAGAAACAACUUUGCGCAUGGGGGGAUCAGAACAAACAUCGAACGUGCCCGAGAGCGUGUGUGCCGUACAAAUCGAUGUUCCAUGGUGGCCGUCAAGAUUGCUCCUGGGAAAAGCCACACACAUACUCCUCGCAAGCUUUGUGACGGGCCAGAACCCGCGGUCAAAACAAUUGCUCAAGAUCUCAACUUUGGAAUGGUUCCCUUUUGGACACCAACCAAAUCGGGCACGUAUCAAGUGAGGUUUUCCGCGUAUACAAAGCGCUUUUCUUUCGUCAUCGGUGAGGAUGGCGAUGAAGAUGUGUGCUCGAGGCACGAAGUAGAGCAAUGCGCGUGCAAGGCGGAUUACGUGUAG